CGCGCGAAAGCUGAAGCAGGCGACAGAUGCACGGCUUUGCCCUGAUCAAUGCUUUGUCUGGGCUUUGACACUUCCAGUAUCAGGUGACCAUGAGGUUUCUUCUGCUGAUACUCACUGCUCUGCUGUGCUUUGCUAUCGAAAGUCGUGGCAGUCUGUCCCUUCACAGCGACAAUCUGGUACAGAUGUUUACAGACUAUCUAGCUAACAUGGAACAAAGACAGAUGGACAGGUUUAUACAUAGCCGCAAACGUGCUGUUGGUGACGACAAACCCGAAUACCUGAGAAUCUGUACCGGAAGGAAAGACUGCGGAAGCGUGGUCCAAAACUUCGGGUUUAUGUAUGAUCACGACAGCGGCAUGGAGCUGUGUAACAAGAGCUACGUCACAAAGGCGGACGGAAUCACGUGUUUUGACAAAUACCCGAGCUGCCGGUAUCUCAGAGACGAGUUCAGCAUCUGCGAAAAGCAGGAAGUGGCCGACCGCCUAGGAUGUGACCUUACCUGCGGAAAAUGCCAGCCAGCAACACCAUAUGAAAAGAAGGAGGAGUCUAUUAUUUUAUAUUGAAACCGAAAGUAACUUUGAGUGAUUAAAAGUAUCAGAAGGGAAA